GUCGUUCGCGACCUGACGUCAUUGGCCUGCGCCAGGACACGCGAGGAAGGAGGCGCUCGGCGCGCGGAGGAGCCUCAGUCAGCUGCGGGAGCGGAGCGAGCGGCGUCAGCAGAAGUUCAAGUUUGGAUUUUUAAAAAGCAUCAAGAUGUUGCCAAAGAAGGAGCUUAUUAAGGACCAGCGGUUCUCCCGCAUUAACAAAGACCCCCGAUUUUGGGAAAUGCCAGAAAAAGACCGCAAGAUUAAAAUUGAUAAAAGAUUUCGGGCUAUGUUUCAUGACAAGAAAUUCAAGCUUAAAUAUACUGUGGAUAAGCGAGGACGCCCAAUUCAUCGCAGCUCUACAGAAGAUAUGAAGCGCUUUUAUAACCUUUCUGAUUCAGAUUCUGAUCUUUCAGAGGAUGAGAAGGAAACUAAGGGGGAAAAGGCAAAAUCUAAAGGAGAAGAUGACUUUGGGAAGUCUAGUGAUAAGAACUCUGAGGAAGAAAGCAAACUGAUAAAUGAUGCUUGUUCACCAGCUUCAGGGUUAGAUACCUCAAACAAUGAAGGCCAGAAAAGGAAAUCCUUCAAAUCCACAAAGAAUCUAAAAGAAAUAAAUGCCAUUAAAUUGUCACAAGCAAAGGGAGGUGAUUUCUCUGCUGGUCGCAUCAAUAAAAACUACGUAGAAAGUAAAACGUGUAAAAAUGAGGAGAGCUCCGAGCUUGAAGAAUUAGCUGCUGUUGAACAAAGUGAAGAGGAAAGUGAGUCAGAAGCUAGUGAAGAGUUGGAAGAGGAAAGCGGUUUGGGAGACGAUGGAAAAAUAUCAGGAGGGAGUGACUCAGAAGACGGAGGAGAAACCGAAGAUGAAAGCGAGAACGACGGUGAUGAAAAUGACAGCGGACCUGAUUUGGCAAGGGGCAAAGGCAACAUAGAAACGAGUUCUGAGGAGGAGGAGGAUGAUGAAGAGGAUUUGACUGAGACGCUUCCAAAGGAGCCUGAAGUUGUACAUGACUGGGGAGAACUGGCUAAAGGGGUUCCUCGUGCAGAUAAGGUCACACACAGGUUGGCGGUUUGCAACAUGGACUGGGAUCGGCUGAAGGCUAAGGACCUCUUGGCUUUAUUUAAUUCUUUUACACCGAAGGGGGGGAUUAUCUUUUCCGUCAAGAUUUAUCCUUCCGAGUUUGGAAAAGAGAGAAUGAAAGAAGAAGAGGUGAAGGGGCCAACAGAACUACUGAGCCUUCCUGAAGACGUUACAGAAAAAGAUGGCAUUUUUAAGGAGAAACAGAGAGAUUAUCAGUUCAAGCGGCUGAAAUAUUUCUAUGCUGUAGUAGAAUGUGACUCUCCAGACACUGCCAAUAAAAUUUAUGAAGAAUGCGAUGGGCUGGAGUUCGAAAGCAGUUGUUCGUUUGUGGACCUGAGAUUCGUUCCAGAUGAUGUGACAUUUGACGACGAGCCAAAGGACAUGGCCUCAGAAAUGGACGGAAUGGCGUAUAAACCCAAGUUCUUCACAUCUGCUGCUGUAGCAACAUCAAAGGUAGACAUCACCUGGGAUGAGACAGACCACGAAAGAGUGACAUCCCUGAGCAAAACCUUCAAGAAAGAGGAACUUCUGGACAUGGAUUUCCAAGCUUACUUGGCUUCAUCGAGUGAGGAAGAGGAGGAGGAACAGCAAGAUGACGGUGUAAUGCCUGCAGUAGACCUCGGUGGACGUAAGCUCCUCCACAAAGAUGAUGACGAGCAAAUCGUAAAAUAUAGAGAACUCCUGCAGAGCAUUCAGGAGAAAGAGAAGAAGCAUCCAGAAACGGAUAUGGAAAUGGAGGUUAAGUGGGUUCCAGGACUUAAAGAAACGGCUGAGGAAAUGGUAAGAAACAAAUUGGAAGGAAAGGACAAAUUGACUCCAUGGCAACAGUUUCUAGAAAAGAAGAAAGAGAAAAGGAAGAUGAAGAAGAAAAAACAGAAGGCUGCUGCUGAGGAAAUGCUGACGGACAGCGACUGUCCAUCCGAUGUUGAUUUGAACGACCCCUACUUUGCUGAGGAGGCUGGGAUGUCAGAUUUUAAUAAGAAGUUGAACAAGUUCAAGAGAGAAGAUGAUGCCCAAGAAAAAGAAGACUCAGGAAAGCAUAAGGCCGAAAUGGCUCUGCUGCUGAUGGAUGAGGAGGAGGAGGAAAGAAGACACUUCAAUUAUGACAAGAUCGUGCAGCAACAGAACCUGAGCAAGAAGAAGAAGAAGCUGUUGAUGAAAAAGAAGGUACUGCUGACAGACGAAUUCCAGGUAGAUGUUGCUGACGCCAGAUUCCAAGCCAUGUAUACUUCCCAUUUGUUUAAUUUGGAUCCUUCAGAUCCAAACUUUAAGAAAACAAAAGCUGUGGAAAAGAUUUUGGAAGAGAAAGCUCGCCGAAGAGAGCAGGGGCAUGUAGAGGUGAUGAAGAUUCAAGAGAACAAGGCAGAGAAGGGCUCAGCUGCAAAGAAAUCCACUGAUCCGGCCUUAUCAAUGCUGGUGAAAUCUGUGAAGAGUAAAACCGAACAGUUUCAAGCAAGGAAGAAACAGAAAGUUAAAUAAGUGGGACCUCAUUUUUACAGGCAGUGUGGACAAGGACAGCUGUAACAUUUUAAAGAAAUCCAAGCUAAUAUUGGUUUAGGGGUGAACACAAUCUCAUCUGGAACUCUUUUAUUUUUCCAUUUUUUUUUCCAUUCCAGACCCACCCCCCAAAAUUGCAAAUGAAUCUUGACUUAAGUUCACUCAAAAAACAAUGUAGCGUUUGUUUAAAACAAACUCGCACAUUUUAUUUUUAUAAAUAAAUUUAUCAGGUUUUAAAAAAAAAAUGGCCGAAGCAUUGACCCUCAAGAAUUGGAAUGAGCUUUAGAUAAAUUAGUUUUUUUUUCUAAUGGGCUACUUGAGAAUCAAGAGUUUUGCAAACAUAAUAUUAAAAGGGGUUAAUAAAGAAGAACAUGUGACUUGCACCAUGUUGAAGAAAAAUACCAGAUUAUUACAGUUUACUUAUUUAGUUAUAUUUAUUUUUUAUAAAAAAAAAAAUAUCCUGCCCUUCUGCCAAAAGUGACAUUUGGAAUGUCCACCAUGGCUUAAAAAUAAAAGACUCCAGGAAAAACAGCUAUUUUAAACAUGUACAAAAAUUAAAACAACCAAAUAAAAUUAUCUUUUCCAGCUUAUGUAUAUUAA